CUUAUCUCGGAGGAUAUCUAGCUACCAGUCCUCACUUGGGCCUCCUUUUCUGUGUAAAUAUCCAAUCCAUGGACGGGGAUGGUUCUGAAUUGAAACAUCUUACAGUAAUGAUUUUCAGACUUAAUUUUCGCAUUGCGGCGUGCACAGCCGCUUUUGGAUACCCAGUCCAUUCAACCGCAUAUAAAAGCUAGCAAGUACGAAUGACAGUUCACUAUAGACUCUCACAAUGCGCAGAACUCCAGAGCAAUUAGCUGCAGACCAGACUGGACCCGCCCCCGCCAUCGUCACCGCUGACUUGAGCGGGAAGACACUUAUCCUUGUCGGUGCCAACGCUGGUCUCGGGUUCGAGGCUGCUAAGCAUUUCGCCAGGAUGAAUCCUGCGCGACUGGUGCUGACGGCAAGAGAUGAAGCAAAAGGCGAGAAAGCGCUGGCCCAGAUUCAGAGCGCCACUGGUUAUACCAAGGCAGAGUUGUGGAUUAUCGAUCUCGCCAAUUUCAACAGUGUCAUCUCGUUCGCUGAUAGAGCAGAGCGUGAACUGGACCGAUUGGAUAUCCUCAUAGAAAAUGCUGGUAUGAUGACUUAUGAGUACGAGCAAGUAGAGGGUUGGGAGAAAACUUUGCAUACGAACAACCUCGGUCCCGGAUUACUUGCUAUUCGUAUGGUCCCCAAGAUGGUUGAGACGGCUCGCAAGUAUUUGGUCAACCCACGAGUGGCGGUCGUCUCGAGCGACACGCAUUAUUGGACAGAGAUAGAAAAGGAAAUCAUCGCUUCUCCUAACAUCCUCGCGACACUGUCAAGCAAGGAGUAUUGCACGCAAGAGGUGAUGCAUCACCGGUAUCACGAUACCAAGCUGCUCAACAUUCUCUUUGCUCGAGCUCUGCAACUCCAUGUCCCAUCUUCCCCGGCGAUCACCGUCUGCGCUGUUAACCCAGGACUCUGCUUCUCAGGACUCCUGUCUGGUAUCCCUACUGACUCUGAGGUGGCGGAAGCCUUGCGAAACGAGCGAGAGGAACUUGCAUUCACCACGGAAGAAGGGAGUCGGCAGCUGGUGUAUGCUGCCAUUGGGUCCUUGGAUGACGAAGAGACGCUCCGUGGCAAGUACAUACAGUUGUCCAAGGUCACGGAAGAGAGCGACUUUGCGAUCAGUGAGGAUGGAAUGAUCGUCCAGGAAAAGAUCUGGGAGGAGAUGCUCGAGAUCUUUGGUAACAUUGAUCCCAAGGUCUCGGAGGUCGCCGAAGUGUAUCUGACGAAGGCUUGA